AGUACUUGUACAUACACGUGCUGAAAUCCUUGUAUAAACAGUUAUGUGUAAACGGAAAUUUUCGAGAAAAGAUCUGUGUUUUUGUAUAGUUAACUAAGUGAACAAUGGAGGUAAUGUGUGAUAUAUUACCAAAAUCAAUUGCAAAUCUUGCAAUAAUGGAACAAACAAACAAUGAAGCUGUAAAUGUCACCGAGCCAAGCAAUGAAGCUGUAAAUUUUACAGAGCCAAGCAAUGAAGCUGUAAAUAUUACAGAGUCAAGCAAUGAAGCUGUAAAUGUCAUAGAGCCAAGCAAUGAAGCUGUAAAUAUCCUAAAAAAUUUAAAUUUAGAAGAUGCUGAUACAGCAGAGUCUCCUUGCAUUUAUAAUUAUAUCUGGUCAAAAGUACCGAAGAUGUUAUGUGUAGCAACUAAGGAAUACGAGUCUACUGAGAAUUUUACAAAAGGUUGUCAAUGGUCCCCAGAUGGAACAUGCUUGCUUGUACCAUCGGAAGACUUUAGGAUACGUCUUUAUGAGCUUCCUAGAGAAUUGUACUCUGGUCAAAUUCCAUCUGACUUUGUACAGACCAAUUUUACAUCUGCUUUGACUAUUAAAGAAGGUGGCCUCAUAUAUGACACAUGCUGGUAUCCCUUUAUGAAUUCAUGGGAACCUACAACAUGUUGUUUUCUUAGUACCAGUAGAGAGAGCCCUAUUCAUUUGUGGGAUGCAUUUACAGGAGAAUUACGUGCAACAUAUCGAGCUUAUAAUCAAGUUGAUGAAGUAGAAGCAUCUAUUAGUGUUCAAUUUGUAGAUUCAGGGAAGCAAAUAUGGUGUGGCUUCAAGAACAUUGUGAGAACUUUUGAUACGGAUCAUCCUGGACGUCAAAUAAGCGAUAUUUACUUUAAACAUGAGUUUCCAAAUAUGAUUGGAUUGGUUUCAUGUAUCCGUGAAAAUCCAAUCAUGCCAGGCUUAGUUGCCUUUGGUACAUAUUCUAAAUGUAUCGGUUUGUAUAAAGACGGGCCAUUAUGCACUUUUAAAACUGAAAGUGGUGUAACACAAAUUGAAUUUAGUUCUUGCGGAAUGAAGUUAUACUCCGUUGUUCGGAAAAAUAGUGAAUUUCUAUGUUGGGAUCUCCGUAAUCCUGGAAAUAUUCUUUAUUCUCUUGAAGGAAGGCAAUCAGACACUAAUCAAAGAAUACAGUUUGCUAUUACACCUGAUAGUAAACAAAUAAUCUCUGGUAGUGUUGAUGGAAAUAUCAUUGUAUGGGAAUUACCAGAAAUUACAAAUUACGAUGAAGAGAAUUUGAAUCCAAAAUAUAAAAUAAGAUUAUCCAAAGACUGCAUAAACGGAGUAAGCUUACAUAAAAAUUUACCUAUAAUAGCAACCAGUUCUGGACAGAGACAAUAUGAGAAACAAAUUGAAAGCAAGAAUAGGGAUAAUAGCGUGAGAUUAUGGUGGACUUCUUCAUGAAUAUAGCUUUAAAUAAUUUUUUAUUUAUACAUGUAAUUAUUAACCAUAUAUAUAGUUUUUGAAUAAAACAAAAACAAAUCUGAACAUUUCAGAUGAUG